AUACAGAGACAGUUACGUGGCAUACCGGGGUUGCAGACUUGGGUCGCAUCAAGUAACCAAUACCCUCACCACUCGAUUAAAGAAAUAAAAAAAUAUAUAUUAAUAAAUAAAUUCUCGCACGGGACAGCGAUGCGAAGCCACGGCCACAUUUACCGCAAACCCCUACUGGCGCUGUUCUUCACUCACUGCCUGCGGCGGAGCUUCGAAUACCUAGAAGGAACAGCUUGAUUUCGAGUAAUUUUGGUGCGAUCUGCUGUCCGGAGCUCUGUUGAAGGUUUAAUUACGGAACUGCUGCUGGAAUUGCACGCGAUGCCGCAGGAGGAGACCAAAUUUAUUCUGGACAAGCCGCUAGGGGAGCUCACUGAGGAUGACAUUGCUCAGGUCACUCGCGAAGAUUGCCGCCGUUACCUCAAGGAGAAAGGAAUGAGGAGACCUUCUUGGAACAAAUCGCAGGCGAUUCAGCAAGUGAUAAUGCUGAAGAAGCUGCUGGAAGCCUCGCCGGAUUCCGGAGCUAGUUCGCGCAAGAAGCUUCGCAUCUCGUGUCCGGAUAAUAGCCAAAGCAGUAACACUGCUGUUCUAGAGAGCGUUACUAAGGGAACGAGUGGCGGCGAUGCUGAAAAUUCUGCUUCUGCAGAGGAGACGACCGCGUCUCGUAGAAAAGAUCCGGAAAGACCUGAUUCCUCAGGUGGUUUUCCUGGCCGUAAUGUUGCGGCCAUUGAUGAAUCUGCUCAAGCGAGUUUUUCCAGGGCCACUGAUUCAACAAAUAUACUGGUUGGGCAAAUGACGAUCUUUUAUUGUGGCAAAGUAAAUGUAUAUGAUGAUGUGCCUGCAGAUAAGGCAAAAGCAAUACUGAAUGUUGCGGCAAGUCCGGUAAAGUUCCCAGAACAGGAGGUUGAUGUAACAACAAUAUCCCAUCAUUUGCCGUGCAUCUCAAAAGCUGGCAGUACUAUGGGACAUCAAAAUUCUGCUGCUGUUAUUUUGCCAACUCCCGAAACAGUGAGAAUGAAGGACAACGCUAUUGUGCUUGGAAGAGAAACUAGAAUGCUUCAUGAAGAAACCCCCGCCGAAGGGUCAUCAACGAGAAAGGCUUCAGUACUGAGAUAUCUCGAGAAGAGAAAAGACAGGUUUAAGAGCAAGAGAAAGGGAGGAAUGACGGUAUCUUCAAGUUUGGAUAUGUAUUUUAACCAUCAAAUGUCGAGAAGUAGCACAUGCUCCCCACCCCAAAUCAGAUCACCUUCUACACCCGCACGCUGCAGUUCAGCGGACAAUGACUCUGUGAAAAGUAUUUGCCUUUCUGCUAGUCUAACUAACCAAGCCCUACUGCUUUUCAGGUUUGUAGAUGGCACAAUCUCUACCUGCCAUCGAGGCCCGUGGCGUUGAACCAAAUCCUUUUUUUCACCGUGACAAAUUUUCGGCGGAUAUGUAAUGUUUUGUCGAAUAUUUCUAACCUCGAGUUAGCUAUCACUGUAACAUGCUUUAUUCUGGAAAUAACUUGAAGAAGCCAUUUGAAUCCAACUUAGACCUCUAUAAUUACCGCCAUCACUCCUUUCAUAAAUUCGCCAACAGGAACCCCCGAGACGGGCAUUCUUUAUAUCCCGAAAACACCUAUGAUGUUGCUCUUUUUGGUUUCAUUUUUGAACAGGGAAGGGAGAAUAGAUGAUAUAAUGAUUGCUCGUCGUAAAGCUGCCUUCUAUAAGGUAUGUUAUUCUUUCACAAUUAACUUAGAUUUUUCUUUUUCCCAUCUAGGCUGUCGACAUUAAGUCCCCGAAGCCGGUUUGAUCUUCAGGGCUCUUGGCUGCUCAUGCGGCCGUGAAGUUCCAGCAUCUCUUGGUGAUUGGGGUCGACUGACAGAGCUGCUCGACAAUCUCGUAAAGCGCCUCUGGCAUCACCAAUAUGCUCGUGGAAAGCAGCGCGGAGAUGAAGAAGGUGCAGAUCUGCUUUGAACGCCGUAGCCCUCGAUAGUUCUGCAAUGGCUUCUUUAUCCUUGUGAUUAUCCAUCAGAACUGCAGCCAGAUGACACAGCCAUUUUUCGAUCAUCAGGUUGUUCAGGUAAUGCUCGAUUCGAUUGGCAGCCCGGGUUAUAUAUAUAUAUAUGAUGGCGAAAGAACUAACCUGCAGCUCGAUAUCUGUAUGGAUAAACUCGGAGCGGAUCCAGGCGGGUUACCAUCUCAAGAUCCGCCUUUGUGAGGUCUCGGUCGCAGAACUCUGAUCGUUUUUCAUAAGCCGAGGCAUUGUUCCUCGCCUUUUCAAUCAGUUUUGUCAUCUCAGCAUAUGCAGCAUCCUUGUCGUUUCUCAGGAAGUGCACACGCGCGAGCCCUUGGUGUGCUCGGGUGUGCCGGAUAUUCAGGGCAUUCAUGUAGCAAUCAGCCGCCUCGUCUAGCUUGUUACAAUCAAUAUACACACUUCCAAGAUUGUUCAAGGCCUGGUAAGUAUAUAACAUUGGAGAGUGAUCAUCACUACAUUGGUAUUAAACAGCAGCGGAUAGAUCGGCGUAAGAAAAUUAAAUUUGUCGAAUACCUGGCCCUUGCGAAGUCUGUCGGAUGGACAUUUCAAAGCUUCUUCGAGGAGUGAUAUUACGGUAGACGAACAAGAUGGAUCCUGACUCGAAUCCGCCAGCGCAUAGGCUUUCAAGAAAAAGGCCUCGAACGAUCUCUGGAGAUUAAUCGACUCCUCGGCCUUCCGCAGCCCUUCUUCGCAAUGACCGGUGUCGUACAAGAUCCAUCCCUCGUAGACCAGCCUCUCGGAUUCGCUCGACGCGUGUCGGCGAGCGAGGCUUAAGCUCCUCAUUGCAGCCUCCGGACAGUUCAGUCUGAUCAUUAUACAUGGAUAAAAAUAAGAUGAGAAUAAUAUCAUCCAAAGGGAAAUGAAGAACAUAAGAAGAUUAUAUUUAGUUGAAAGCUUGCCGGAGGAGAAGCAGUGAUUGUCGAAAGUACAGAACACCUUUCGUUGCAUCGGAAUCGAGCAUCUGAUAUAUCACGGACAACGAACCUAUGUCGUCGACCAACGACCAUCUAUCGUAGAGAUGCAACCAACAUUCCGCUGGCGUCCACUUCUCGACAUGCUCGUACACGAGCGCACGGAGAU